GAUUUUGAAAUUCGGAUCAAUUUACUGUGGAAAAGAUCGAUCAAUUUAUCGACAUUGCCAGAGAGAAAGAGAGACAGAGAGAGAAUCAGAUGAGAUGGAGGAGAGUAAGUUGAAGGCGGAGGAGUUGCCCCAGGAUCAAGGGAAAGGCUGCGAAGUCAUCGAUCUGGUAUCUCCAUGUUCCCAGCCGGAGAGCCCAGGGAGUCCUCUGACCCCCAUAUUUUGCGUCAAGAAGAAGGAGAAUGUGAGAGAGAUUGAAGAUAGAGAAGACUGUUUCAUCCUCGAUUUCGACCCCUUCAAUGACUCGCCGGACGGAAUCUUUCGGCUCUCACCGUCUAAGGUUCAUAACACCGGCGAUGCGCCUGACCUCACCGUCAUCGCCGAAAGAGGCAAGGUGGCUUGUAGAGACUAUCCACAUUCAAGGCACCUCUGCUUGAAGAACCCGUUUGAUAAAACGCCUCAUGAAAGCUACUGCCAACUGUGCUACUGUUUUGUGUGUGAUGCGGCGGCUCCUUGCAAAGAUUGGACCGUUUCAGGCCACUGCAAUGCCAUUGACAACGAAAAAUGGAAGUCACUGAGGAGAUUAAUGAGAAACUUACGCAUAAAAUGAGAGCCGAACCAAUCCAGCUGUACAAGCCAUUCGUCUUCCCGAUCAUUGUCAUGUCUUUUGCCCAAGUUUUGUCAAUGAUUUAAUCUGACCAGUAAGUCUAAAUUAUUAAAUUUGUAGGGCAUUUAACUCUUGAGUGUUCAUGUGCUGGCUGGAGUUGAAACUACCGGUAGUUUGGUUGGGAUGCAGUUAAUUUUGGGUGGGCAAUUGAAAUUAACGAAUUAUUUGAGCCAUGGGAUGGAUGGUCUGUAAGUUUUUUGGGUGCAGAGGCUAUAAUAAUACGAUCAAAUCAAAUCAUGUUAAAAUUUUGCCUAAUUUGAGACUAAGAUUCUGUUCAUUAGUACUGUAAUUUAAGAUUAAGUUUUGUUUGUUACUAUUAUUAUUGUUUUAUAAAGUUGGAUUAUGAAUGGCAUUUAUUAUUUGUUUGAGUUAAAGUAAAUAUGGGAAUUAUGGUUCUCCAUUAGAGAUGAGUAUGGUGUUUAAAAUUUAUACUUCAUUGGACUACUAGGUCAUGGGUAUUGAAGUUUUAGAUGGGUUGAGUAAAACCCAACUCUCUAUUGUCACCAUUCUAUGCAUGGAGAAUCUUAAGUUAGAAUUUAUGUAAUUACUUAUGCUGUUGAACUCAAAAUUUGUUUAGAAAAUCUACUAUUUUUUGCAUAUAAACAUAACAUGGGAACAAACUACUAGGGUAGUAGCUCAAUGUUACUACAGUGUUAAUUUGAUUAGGAAUUCUUGUGUUUAAGUUUCACGAGCAGCUUAUGAUUUGUUCUUUGUCAUUACCUUUUUUAAUAGAUGAAGUAACUCGUGAAGCUAAUUCUAAAACUCAAUAACAGAUCUUAUCAAGCCAUGAUUACUUCUUAAGUUUAGCCUUAGCUGGUUAUGUGCAAAAUGACAUAGAAUUAAUUUCGACUUACUCCCUAAGGAUGUAAAUGGCCCCAAAGUAACUCCAUUCACACAAUUUACAAACAACUCCUUUACUAUAUUUUUAUUUUUAUGUUUAUUUUAACUUUAAAUAAAAUUAAUUAAGAUUCAUUAAAAACCCAUAUCUAUCCCUAGUUACACCCUUAGUUUCAAUCCUUAUGGGUUUUUGUUUUUUGUUUUUUUGUUUUUUUUUUGUCAAGAAAAGAAAAUUCUAUUA